UCAGCUUCUUUCUCAUAACUCUGAAUUUCUGAGAGAGAGAGAGAGAGAAAUUCGAGGAGGUGCAGUAGAGAUGGUGGUGGAGCGAGACAUAGACGAUCUGCCGAAGAACGACGCGAACUACACGGCAUUAACGCCGCUGUGGUUUCUGGAGAGAGCAGCUGUGGUGCAUCCCACCAGAAAAUCGGUGGUCCACGGAUCUCUUCACUACACGUGGCAGCAGACUUACCAGCGUUGCCGCCGUUUGGCCUCCGCUCUUUCCAAGCGCUCCAUCGGCCUCGGCACCACGGUGUCAAUAAUUGCACCAAAUAUCCCAGCCAUCUAUGAAGCUCAUUUUGGAGUUCCGAUGGCAGGAGCUGUGUUAAAUACUGUCAAUGUCCGUCUAAAUGCACCAACGAUUGCUUUCCUUCUUGGUCAUUCAUCGUCUGUAGUUGUCAUGGUGGAUCAAGAAUAUUUUCCCUUGGCAGAGGAAGCUUUGAAAAUUUGGGAAGAGCAAAGCAAAGGCCAUUACAAGCCUCCACUCUUAAUUGUUAUAGGUGACGAAAAUUGUGAUCCCGGGGCACUAAAAAGUGCUUUGGGAAGAGGCGCCGUUGAAUAUGAGAAAUUCUUGGAAAGUGGUGACCCUGAGUAUGCUUGGAAACCACCAGAGGAUGAGUGGCAGAGCAUUUCUCUGGGUUAUACUUCUGGCACAACAGCCAGUCCCAAGGGGGUGGUUUUGCAUCACCGUGGGGCUUAUCUGAUGGCUUUGAGUGGUCCUCUUGUAUGGGGGAUGACUGAAGGAGCUGUGUAUCUCUGGACUCUACCCAUGUUCCAUUGCAAUGGUUGGUGUUUCCCUUGGUCAGUUGCAGCUCUUUGCGGGACAAACAUAUGCCUUCGACAGGUUACAGCAAAGGCAGUUUAUUCAGCUAUAGCCGAGUAUGGUGUGACUCACUUUUGUGCUGCACCCGUGGUACUCAACACCAUAGUCAAUGCUCCACCAGAUGAGACUAUCCUGCCGCUCCCUCAUGUUGUACACGUAAUGACAGCUGGUGCUGCCCCUCCACCCUCUGUUCUCCUUGCAAUGUCCCAAAAGGGCUUCCGAGUCACUCAUACUUAUGGUCUGUCUGAAACUUAUGGUCCCUCAACAGUGUGUGCUUGGAAGCCUGAGUGGGACUCACUUCCCCCUGUAACCCAAGCACGACUUAAUGCACGUCAAGGUGUUCGGUACAUUGGUUUGGAGGGCUUAGAUGUUUUCAACCCUCAGACUAUGCAACCUGUUCCCGUAGAUGGAGCUACCAUGGGAGAGAUAAUGAUGCGGGGAAACCUUGUAAUGAAGGGGUAUUUAAAGAACCCAAAGGUGAACGAGGAAGUUUUUGCCAAUGGAUGGUAUCAUACUGGGGAUCUUGCUGUGAAGCAUCCAGAUGGGUACAUAGAAAUUAAAGACAGAUCAAAGGACAUUAUCAUCUCUGGAGGUGAGAACAUCAGUAGUGUUGAGGUAGAGAAUACUCUUUAUCAACACCCGGCCAUAUUUGAGGUAUCAGUGGUUGCAAGGCCACAUGAGAAGUGGGGAGAAACUCCUUGUGCUUUUGUGACAUUGAAGCCAGGUGUCGAUAAGUCUGAUGAAAAGCGUCUGGCAGAAGAUAUAAUUAACUUCUGCCGGUCCAAGCUACCUGCUUAUUGGGUUCCCAGAUCAGUGGUAUUUGGACCAUUGCCAAAGACAGCUACCGGAAAGAUACAGAAGCACUUGCUGAGGGCCAAGGCCAAAGAGCUGGGACCUCUCAACAUGAGUAGGUUAUAAAACUGUAUGAUGUUGGUCAUUGUACAAAAGCGCUAAUAAAAGAUUGCACUAUAAUUAGUGCCGAGCUAGGAUUAUUCGACUCUUCUGUCCUUAUUGGCAUUAAUGAUGUGACUUAAACUUGUCUUAUACAGACUAUAAACUGGGAAAUUAGAUUGAGAUUUCUCUCCAAGUUUGAUUUGUGGUUGGCUUAUCCAGUUAUUAGUCGUCUAUAUUGACAAACUCCCAGGUUAAUCCCCUUUUUUCAAAUGUCUUAUUCAUUGAAAAUAAACGGUUGUGAUUGUAUAAA